UGUACCAAGAUGUCCCGGGCCUCGGAUGGGGGAGCUGUUUGUAUAGGAUAGAUUUGGGAGAAAAGAGGUUUCUAUUCGUCUGCACGCCGGAGAUUGACAGCUUUGUGUUAACCUGGAUGAGGGCUGUUUGGAAAGUCCUAAAAGACUCCACCAAAUUCCCAUCUCUUCACCAUGAGAGAGGAUUGGGUACACUUCUUCCCUUCACCCUGUAGUUGAUAGUUUUGGAUUUGGAAGUGAUGCUGGAGUAGAGAUGGCAGAUAGUGUCAAGAUCUUCCUUAAUGAUCUCAUUAGGGGAAUUAAGGAUUCCAUAUGGGGGAUCUGCACAAUCUCCAAGCUGGAUGCUCGAAUCCAGCAGAAAAGGGAAGAGCAACGAAAAAGAAGAGCAAGCAGCGUCCUUGCUCAACGAAGAGCGCAGAGUGAGGAGAGGAAGCAGGAGAAUGAACCCCGGAUUGUAAGCCGAAUAUUUCAGUGUUGUGCAUGGAAUGGAGGUGUAUUUUGGCUUAGUCUCCUUUUGUUCUACCGGGUCUUUAUACCUGUCCUUCAGUCAGCAACAGCACACAUCAUUGGUGACCCUUCAUUACAUGGUGAUGUCUGGUCUUGGUUGGAGUUUAUCCUCACCUCCAUCUUCAGUGCUCUUUGGGUCCUUCCUCUCUUUGUGCUCAGUAAAGUUGUCAAUGCCAUUUGGUUUCAGGACAUUGCUGAUCUGGCGUUUGAGGUGUCGGGGAGGAAGCCUCAGCCAUUCCCCAGUGUCAGUAAAAUAAUUGCUGACAUGUUGUUUAACCUCUUGCUGCAAGCUCUUUUCCUUAUCCAGGGGAUGAUUGUAAGCCUGUUUCCCAUUGAUAUAAUUGGCCAGCUGGUCAGCCUGCUUCACAUGUCGCUGCUCUACUCACUGUACUGUUUUGAGUACCGCUGGUUUAACAAAGGUAUUGAAAUGCAUCAACGAUUAUCCAACAUUGAAAGGAACUGGCCCUAUUACUUUGGAUUUGGUUUACCACUGGCUUUUCUCACUGCAAUGCAGUCAUCUUACAUUAUCAGUGGCUGCCUCUUCUCUAUUCUUUUUCCUCUGUUUAUUAUCAGCGCCAAUGAAGCAAAGACUCCAGGAAAAGCAUACCAUUUCCAGUUGCGCCUCUUUUCCUUGGUGGUCUUCCUUAGCAACAGACUCUUUCACAAGACGGUCUACCUUCAGUCCACCCUGAGCAGCUCUUCGUCAGCCGACCGACUGCCCUCGCCACACCCAUCACCUGCCAGGCAAAAGGCAGCUUUAGUGCACUGAACCCUAACCAAAGUAGGGAGGCAAGGAGAGCACCGUUCCCGGCUGCUGUAUGUGUGCUCCUGUGAUCCAAGAAAGGGCAGUAACCGUUCUGCCAAGGGGGCUUGUGUGUUUUUUCUCCUCCACACACCUUGAUUAUCAUUGUAAGCCCCAGCUGGGCACAGGCUUUUUUUUUUUGGUCGCACUUAGUAAAAAUGUUUGGGGGAUGGGGGGAAGGGAGCUGGAGAAGAUUCUGGGUUUUUAAACAUCUUUGUGAUUUUUUUUAAAAAGCCAGGUUCUUUGCUCGUUUUAUAGUGCGUAACAGGACUUGAGCCCAUACUGUUUUUUGUAUACUCUUCUCUCCCCCCAGCCCCUUCUCCCUCAGUGCCAUUCCCCCCCCCCUUCCCACACCCCCGGAUGAAUGGAUUUUGUAAUGUGUAUUUCGUCAUAGCUUUGUGAUGCUGAUGGGGUCUUUACAGUGAACUGUACCGCAAGCGUUGGGUUUCUUGAUGAUCAUAGUUCUUUGUAUAUUAUAUAACUCAGGUCAGGAUUUUGUAAUUGCUGUUGCGCUGAAACAAGGAAAGAAAGCGGAUCAUGUAACUGUAAGCGCAAGAUUGAAAAGUGAAUUGGGAGGGACUUCCCCUUCCUCGGCAUCCAGCCUCAUCAACUGACAAACUUUGGUUGUGUCUCCCCGAAGGAGGACCUGGGCAGGUGUCACUAACAUCUUUUUAAAAAAAUGCUGGAAGUGACCUGCUUCUGAAGGAUGAAACAAAUUCCUAACCUUAACAGCAGAAUGUAUAGAUUUUUUUUAAAAAAAAAACAUUCUUCAUCCUUAGAGCUUUUUGAAAAAGCUUCUUCUGAACUUUCAAAGGGAAGUACAAAAAGUGUACGGGUAAGGUCAGGAAACAUGUCACCUCUGUGAUUGGGGUUGUAAGGUUUGCAGUAUAAUUAUUGGUCUUGAAACUACUGGAUGCUUCUAAAAAUUAGUGUAUUUAUGUAUCCUGUUGACAAUUGGGGAGAAAACAAUGAAGGCUCCAAAUGGUAUCUGUGGGGGAAAAAAUGACAAGUCUUCUACACGGUUUGUGCACAAGGUUGCAAAGGGGUCAUUAUCUUGCUAUGUCCAAGGUACAGUGGAUCUGUCUUUAUAAGAAAAAAGGAUUGUCUGAGUUGUGGUUAGAAAGUCUCCAACUCAGAUACUAAUUCACAUUCUGCCCUGCAAUUUUUGCCCAAGCCAAGUUGGAAUGAUGUUAAGUUGAAAGGCUCCUGUGUGGUUGUAGUUGCAGCUGAAACUAAUUACUGGUGAGUUCAGGAUAGAGGUGAUCUUUGUGUAUGUCUGUAUGUGUGUACAUAUGUAACGGUGUAUGCACAAAGGGAGAACAAUUGAUCCUGAUUUUAGACAGUGUUCCUCAUGCAUGUCAGACUUCUGUAGGACUGGAAACAAUUUUUUUAAAAAGCCCUUUGGCUUUUUUUGUAGAUCUGAGGUCAGUCUACAGAUACUUUUUUCUCUAGUAUUUUCACACUGAAAUAUUAAAUGAAAAUGAAAAUAAAAGCAACUUGAAGUGCUUUUGUGACUCAAAUCAAGAAACAGAUUUUGUUGCUGUGUUAGAGGAAGGGGAGGGAAUCCAAGGAGAUGAGUUGAUAUUUCUUCUUGAAUAGGCUGCAUCCGUAUCUGAAAGUGAGAUGAGGGGCAUCUUUACCUAAAGAACAACAGCCUGUGUCUCCUGAUGCUACAGUUGCACACAAUAGCUUGGAAAUGUGUCUGUCUGCGUUCAGUGGAACAGGGUUCAACAGGCAUCCACCAGUUGUGGCUGAGUUUGGUGGUCAGCUUUAAUUUAAAUCCAAUCCCACCACAAUAUUAUCUGUAAAAAUAAGAUGAUUCUUAGACUAAUAGUACCUUUUAACUGUAUUAAUAGAGAACAAGGAAUUCUUUAAACUUAAUUAAACUUGCUAGUUCAGUGUGUGCUGUCUUCAGUCAUAUCUAAACUAUUGAACAAAUGGAAUAGUUUUUUCUUUUAAGCUGUGAUUAAUUUUGUAACUUUGACUGGUUUGCCAUUUCAAAUUCUUAAUACUUUUUGUCAGCAAAUUUUUCUACAAGUUCAGAUUUUAUACAACUUGAAUAUUUUCUGGCACAGGAUAUUUUUCAUAAAAUGUUAAGAAAUUUGG